GGUUACCUUUGUACAAGCUGCCUGUUAACCAAUUUUUCAUGUGUUUACUUUUUUGAAUGGUCACUAAACUUGCAGUCUACGUUGGUAAUCCUGCAUGGAAUUCACUCAAUGCUUAAUCUAUUUAUUUAUUUUUGAAGCACAUUGAAGGGUAAAGAUGCAAAUAGAUUACUGCAAGACCUGCACUCUUUAGUGAUGUUUAAAACUGGUGGCGUGAAGAUGAAAUGGACAUUGGCUGUGUUUUUGGGGCACUUCAUGGUCGCCCUUGCAUCUGUGGAAGAAAAGACACAGCCUGAAAAAUCUGGUUGGACUGGUAAGCUCUUAGUGGUUCCCAUGGAUGGAAGCCACUGGACUGGCGUCAAGGCUGUUGCAGAGGAGAUGGGCCUCAGGGGUCACAAAGUGACAGUGGUCAUUCCAGAGGUCAGUAUACGACUUGGACCCGGAAAACACUACACUACCAAAACGUUUCCGGUUCCGUAUGGACAGGAAGAACUGAAGCAGCUCCAAGCCCGGAAUGCUGCUGUGAGCAAAGAGCUACCUUUCAUGGAGAAGAUCACUACCAGAAUCAGUAACAUGAGGAGCUUUGUGGACUUCCUAAGAGUCACAGCUGAGAGUCUCCUGUUUAACCAAGAGCUGGUCGAUUACCUGAGAAAGCAGAACUUUGAUGCCGUUCUCACCAGCCCAGUUGUGCCAACUGGUGCCAUACUGGCUUAUAAUCUCUCUUUACCUGCCGUAUAUAUGCUACGGGGCCUACCCUGCGGACUAGACUCGACCGCCACGGCCUGUCCAGAACCUAUUUCUUACGUCCCACGGUUCUUUACAAAAAACUCAGACCGGAUGUCUUUCCACCAACGUGUGCUAAACGCCUUAGUUAGCAUUGUGGAACCUGUGCUUUGCAAAGUGUCAUACUGGUCUAGUGAGAACAUGGCAUCUCGUUUCCUCCAGAGAGAUGUGAGUCUGACAGAGAUCCUGCGCAGUGGUGCGAUAUGGCUUAUGCGGUAUGAUUUCACCCUGGAGUUUCCUAAACCAAUGAUGCCCAACAUGGUCCUAAUAGGGGGAAUUAACUGUGCAGUAAAAGGCUCUCUAACUAAGGACGUGGAGGAGUUUGUGGAGGGUUCAGGAGAAGAUGGUUUUGUGGUGUUCACCCUGGGUUCCCUCAUCGCCUCUAUGCCAAAAGAAAAAGCAGAGAUCUUCUUCAAUGCUUUCAGUAUGAUCCCACAGAGGGUUCUUUGGCGGUACACGGGCGAGAUCCCUGAGAACGUACCUGAAAAUGUCAAGCUUAUGAAGUGGCUUCCACAGAACGACUUACUUGGUCAUCCUAAAGCAAAAGCCUUCAUCACUCAUGGUGGAACGCAUGGUAUCUAUGAGGGCAUCUGUAAUGGGGUUCCCAUGGUGAUGCUUCCACUUUUUGGUGACCAGAAUGACAACGUGCACCGCGUUGCAUCCAGAGGAGUCGGUGUAAUCCUCGACAUCCACGAAAUCACCACAGAAGCACUGGUCGAUGCCCUCAACACUGUUAUUACCAACAGCAGCUAUAAAGAAAAAAUGAAGAAACUGUCGGCUAUACACAACGACCGCCCCAUACAGCCCCUGGACCUCGCAGUCCACUGGACAGAGUUUGUUAUGAGAAACAAGGGUGCGGAUCACUUGAGACCUGCUGCUCAUGACCUAAACUGGUUUCAGUAUCACAGUCUGGAUGUUAUUGGCUUCCUGCUCUGUGUCGUGCUGAUUGUAACCAUAGUGUCAUUUAAAUGCUGUGCCAUGUGCUGUAGAAAGUGUUGGCGGAAAACCCAGAAGAGGAAGGCAGAUUAAUCAUAUAGAUAUGAAACUUAAAUACUUGUUUACAAGUUGUCAGUUUUUUUUAUUAUUAUUUCAGAAAAGUGCUGAAGUUAUGAGAAUAAAACUUGAUUUCCAGUAUUUGAGCCAGCCAUCUUCUAACGUUACAGGGAUCGCAUUUCACUAUUGUCAAGCAGUUUCACUGAACACACCAGUAUGUGCAUUGUCAAAUGCUUUCAGUAAGAAGAAGAAUUACAAUAAUGAAAAGCUGUGAAGGAAAACACAACUGUAUUGAUUUUUAUAAUUUUUAAUGUUUUCUUAUUCUCAAUGUUUUAUGUUUUUGAUUUGAACUCUAAGUGUAGUGCAAACCAUAUGUUGAAUUGAUGAUCUAUUUACUCUCCAUACUCACACACUACAACUACUGUACUGGAUGUGCAUGGGACCAAAUCUGUAACACACUGCUCUGGACUGCCAAAACCCUUUGCAUGGUAAAGUUGAGGAAUAUUUUAUUGCCAACACUGAGGUCAAUGGCAAAAUGGUUCCUGUAGAGCAACACGAAUGGGUUUAGUCCUUUAAAUGCGAGCUCCAAUUAAAACCUUAAAUUGUCUGUAAUGGAAAGAGACACAAGCUGAUCCAGUUUUAAGCUAUAUCUGCAGUAACUUCAAUGCACUGAAUUUUUUAAUCUUUCCCUUGGCACUGAACUUUGCUCCAGUGCAUGAUAAUAUUUUGCUAAAUGAUCACCAUGAAUUAACUUUUGAAAGAAUUUUUAUUUUUAGCUUCUUACAAUGUGAAAAAUUACACUUGUUGAACUGGAUAAAGGAAUAAACUGUUAAAUGUUUGAUUAAAAAAACACAGAAAUACAAA